GGAAUUUGAAUACUCACGAUUGUUUUGUCUUCAUUAGUUUCUAUGUUAUGAGAUCUAAUGAGAUUUCGCACAAUAGAUGAGCUGUGACUAACAAGAGGAUACGACAGACUUUCUUCCCGUUUCAGACUCAUCGGUUGAAUGUGUCUGCGUCUUAGUGUUGAUAUUCACAUUAAGACUCAAUCUCCUGUACCUUUUCACUUCAAACAUGAGAGCGUUAUUCACUGAGCUACUGAAUCCGGGUAGACAUUGAUUUGUUUGAUGGAUAUGGUGUUUACAACGUUAUUAAUAAAGGUUCUGGUUAUUUCGUUGUUGGCUAUCUAGAAUCGUUCAAACAUCAGUUUAUUCCUCAAACUGUGCUUCAAUUCGAUCUUAUUUACAUUCAAAGAAGGACUAUAGAUGAAAACAAAGUGGACGAUUGUUAAUGACAAUGAUGAUGCAUAAUUCAUACAAGUCAUCAUCUCAUUUCAAAACAUCUCUUGACAACUAUCCAGAAUUACAAACAUAUCAAGCAACGCCUGAAGAAAAAUGCAAGACUAUCGUCAACUCAAUAUUCUAUUUGCUGAUUACAAUUCUGAUUGGAGUACCUUUAUGGUGGAAAACUACUACACCAUAUCACGCUUCAUUGCCUUAUAAUGAGAUUCAAAUAUUAAGCUCGCGUAAAAUUGAGAUAACUGUACCAAUCAAUGUGCUCAAUUUUCAUGCUGAACUUGAUGAUCGAAGUCUACACCAAAUCAGUGAAAUAUUUACCCGUUUUAAUUUGGAGCAGCAAGCAUUUACGGUGACAGAUGGCUCUGAUGAAAUUUUAAUGAAUUAUCAUGUAAAUACCAGACAAAUGAUGAAUCAUUUAGAAAUCCGAACAUAUACAAAGUCGCUUUCAAAUGAUAUUCUUAGCUUUUGGUUAACAUUUGAAAAAAAUUUAAGCUUAUUGAAUGCUUUCGAUAUAAAAGACACUCUGAAGAGCUUUGAAAACGAUCAUCUUAUUGAACAAAGAAGAAACAGCAGUUCAUCUGUUUAUCAUUUUCUAUUAUUACCAAUGGUCAAUAUUGAUAAUUUAUGGUUAGAGGGGAUGAAUUUUAACAAAUCUACUACAUCAAUGAAACCAUUUUCAAUUAUUAGAAAUUUAUUACAUUUGAAUUUAAUCUACAUUUUUAUUCCACCGACAAUUAUGUCAAGUGAAAAUAGUCAACUUCCAGAGGUAUUAGCAUUACAUAUAAAAUAUUUAUUAGAUAAUGUUUUGAUACAAACCAAUCAUCUUAUGAAACUUGUACGAAAAUACGAUAAUCCUGCAAAUUUGUCUCCUGGUCAGUACAAUCAAAUCUCGAAAAUUAUAGAUAAACCAUUGUUUGUAUCUAGUAUGUACGAUGUAACUGUUACAGUGCUUACACUCGAUGAUUCUGUUUCACAAUUAGUAGAAGAAUCUAAUGAAAUAUCGGUUUGGACUAAUGAAAUGUUGAUAAAUCCUAUACCAUGGUUAAAAGCACACGUAGGAUCAGCUUUUAAAAAUUGGUCGCCUUUUGUUCAAGUCGAUUUCUAUUCACAGAGACUUUAUGGAGUUAGUGCUGAACUGUUGAAAAAAAGUCAAUUGUCAAAAACCGGAAACUAUACAUUUUAUUCUCAAGGUGAUAUAUCCAAUCUGAUUAAUUAUUUAGAAUCAUUUUUGGGACCUCCUCAAACAGCGUAUGCAGAUAGUCUCGAUGUGGCUCGUUCUAAUCCAGGUCUACAUCUUUUUUUGUUAUUAAAUACUUUUAAAAGAAAUAAUUCACACGGAGUUGACUGUCCCUUACCUUUAAGAUUUCAUAUAUCAUCAUAUUCAUCUGUAGUAAUAACCGACUAUGCACUUGUACCUCAAUGGGGUGGUCUACUUUCUAUUGAUGCUUCUGAUUGUAUGACAAGGACUGGAUCAACCAAGAUGAUUGCACAAAAAAUUAUUUAUGUGAUACGUUCAAUAUUAGGUUUUCCACAAAUCAAAGAAAUGUAUUUUGAUCGGGAUGAGGAUAAUAGUCACACCUAUCAUAUUCAGUCUAACAUGGACUUAAAUGGUCAAACAACGAAUUGGGAGCUUAACUUGUGGUUUCUUCGACGAACUAUUGAAUGCCUUACUGAGACUAAACGAACUAUUGAAUCAUUAAUAAACAUACUACAACGCCUUCCAAACAUGAUCAUACGAGAUGAUGUUGCUAAUGAAGUAUAUCAUUCAUGUUCGAAUUGGUCAUUAGCUCUUGAUAAUCUCAAAAAACCAGAUGAAAUAAACAAUUCAGCGUCGUCACACAACGAGAUUAUGUGCUCCUUUGGUGUUACAUUCCAAUAUGCACAUAAUGCUUUAGUUUCUUCAAAUGGCGCGUUUUUCGACCACAGCCUGCUUGGUCUUUUAUAUUUCGAGGUGAGUAAGCUUUUUAUUAUAAUCGCCGUCUAGAACGGUUGGUGAAAGCAUGUCAAAUUAUGUCUAAUUAUUAUGGAAUGCUCACCUAACCAAGUACCUGGGAACCACUUAUUAGAUUCAAUGUAACCCAAUGCUUUACUAUAUUAAAUCUAGUGAAUAAUACGGAGUCACUAUCCCCCUUAAACCUUAGGAAUGCAAAACCACCUUUUACGGAGGGAAGACGUGAUUUUUGGGGAAUUAGCCUUUAAAAUUAAAUUGUACGUCUUUUUGACAGGUGUGCAAACGCAUAGUUAUUAUUUACCUUUUGUUGUGUAGGUAUUCUUGUGUAACUGGAACUCCGUAUUGUAAUGAGAUCUUUGCUAAUCUUAAGACUGUCUAAAUUAUUUGUGGUUAAUGAAUUUAACCAUAGUGGCCAAGCUUCUUUCUGUCCCACUAGCACACACCAUUGUAAGUGGUAUUUAUUGAAACACAUUGAUACAAAGGGAUAACAAAAUGUAUAUGCGCCACACAAAGUAGUUAUCAAUAAAUUUUUUUCUCCAAGGAUUUUGUCGGAGUGCCCAAACCAUAGAAUGCGGUCUUGGGGGCCACUCCCCGAACUUUUGACCAAGAGGUUUAAUCCACGAUGUAGUGGAGCAACGCUGGGAGUUGCGGUCUCAUGGCAGCCGGUGAUCAAGAAUAGGUUUGGAUGCUAUUUGUCCUCUCAGGAUCCUGGAGUCUAUGAGAAUCGUUAGUUUGGAAUCAGGGUUCUCCAACUCUGCUAAGUUGGCUUCAUAAAUAAUGUGCUUGAUAUACCUUCCAAGUUCAAUCCUUACAGAAGAGUAUUCUUCAAUACAGAAAUAGAUGAGCAGUCAUCCGACUACUUAUUUCCAUGAGUCUAUGCAGACUGCAGGAACUUGUGUGAUUUCUUGGGAGGAAAGUCAUGAUCCGUGCAUGAACCUGGCGUAAGUGCUGGACAUUUGCUCUCGUCUUCUCGAUUUCGUAAACAACGACCACGCAACGAAAUGGUGGUGAGUAGAACUUCCACAGUAGUGACUAAAUACACAUGGUCAUAUGAUGGCAUUUCAAGAGGAAGAGCAGACUCUCCCCACUCUCGACCGUACCAGGGGGAAAAAUACAAUUAGGGUUUGUAGCCAUUCCUUACGAUUCAACAUUUGAUUGAGAAUCUUGGUCGUCGACCUUACGGCAGAACAAAAACCACAUUCAAAUCUACUGAGCGUUGCGAAAACGUCAAAGUAGGUUUCUUUGAGUGCUUUCAUUCUGAUUAUCACAUAAAUAACUAGUUUCUGAAGAUUUACCUACUCGCUUAAUAAUUACACAAUUUAUUUUUUGUAGGAUGACCAAAAAUAUGGUAUUUAUACGCCGCUUUUCGUACCAAUUGGUUUCGCCUUAUUCCUGUCAACGUAUCGAACAUUUAAACUAGUAUUCCGUCACAAAAACUAAUAGGAAACAUUUUUUAUUUUAUAAUAUUUGUUCGUACCGGUAAAAAUAAAGUAUCUAUACAACUA